AGUUAGGCUAAUAAUAUUUUAGGAUAAUGGAACAGAGCGAACUCAGUGAAAUAAAGCAACAAGUUAAGGAUUUAGUCAAAGGCCGUACCUAUAGUCAAGAGAUUCAACUGUGGCUUUUUGGAGAUUUUGUAAUUUCAGAGCAAUUUACAAGAGGACGUUGACCAUUUGGAUUCCUCAGAAAAAUUGAAGAAGACAUGAAAAAGCGCAAUAAAAGAAAAUUGAAUAAGAAACAUUGAGUUUUAGAGUUUAAUGGUUACAAAUAAAGUGUUGUUUAAGUAUGAACCAAAAAGAGGAGUAAAUGGACUUUGUCUGAACCAUCCACUUCAUUCUCUAAAUACUGAGACAUUUAAACCUAUCUAUUAUAUUCAUAAAAGUCCUUGAAUGGCUGAAAUAUUUCAAGAAAGCAUGCAAAAGCUUCCAGUAUGCCAGUUUGAAGAUCCACAAAAAAUUACCUUGUCAAUGGCUACUUUCCUGGUAACAAAGGAUGGUUAUAUUUUACUGGUUAGAAGAAUGAAUAAUGCCAAUCGACUUCCUGGGUGGGGAGCUCCAGGAAGAGGAACCAUGAUUUCAACUUACGAAAUGGGAUUGGAAGUCACAAAUGAGACUAAUGUAUAUGACAAUUUAUUCGAAGAUGUUGGCUUUUCAUGUCAGGAGUCUAUUAAGAAGAAAUCAGAACAGCCUAUCUUUAAGCCUGUGUUUAUUCAAGAAGGAUUCAUUGAUUCGGAUGGAAGAACAAAUACUGAUAGCUCUUCAAUAUUUGAGAAAGAUGAUUGAAUGAGUAUAUCAUCAAUAAGAACUCACACAAUGGUUUUAUUCUUCUAUUGACAAGUGCCUUUGCUGAAGAAGGAAAUAGACAUAAAUCCAAAAGAGAAUCAAACAACUUGAACUUGAUGGUUAACUUAUGGCCAGCUCAAUAGAGUAUUAUCAUAUAAAGAUACUCCAGAAAUUGACUCGAAUGAAACUCAAGGGGAGUUUUCAAUAAUAGAUGAAGAGGAAAAGGAAGAAGUUUAUAAAGCUGACUACCUUGUGAGGUUAAAUAAAUUAGAAUCAUCACAGAGAAGGUACAAAGUUCAAAGUGGAUAUGUAGAGCCAAGACAGCUUUCUGGUAAAUACCCAAACAACUCCUGAGGGGAAGGAAUGGCUGAGGAAGACUACUAUGCAUUUAGAUUCUUAAGAGAUAAUUUUAAAUAUUUGUUUUGCUAA